AGUAGGGGAACAAGAAGCAAAGGACCGGAUGCAAUAGCGCUUAGCCUUGGCCAAUUAGAAAGAGGGACUGAGGAAACAAACAGGGAAGGAAAAGAACGUCGGACAGACAUGCUAGAUGGAUACCGGGAAUUUGACUAGUAGCAGGAUUUAAGUGGCGAUAUUUGUAUACAUUGAUUUGUAACCAGGAGCAGCACUCAGGGAGGGGUCUUGUUGUGAUAAGCUGACUGCCCCCCCUGUAGUGGCAGCUUGGAGGCUGAGCAGCACAAUGUCAGAUACAUGGAGCUCCAUCCAGGCUCACAAGAAGCAGCUGGACUACCUGCGAGAGAGGCUGCAGCGCAGGAGGAAGGAUGCCACCUCUCAGCUUGGCCUGGAUCCUCAGAAUCCAGAAGGCGGUUUGACUCCAACCUUUCGCAGUGAUAGCCCUGUUCCAUCUGCCCCUUCUCAACCCCCAAAGGGACCCAGUGGGUCUACAGAGGUUACCCCAGAUCCAGAGUUAGAAAAAAAACUCCUUCAUCAUCUAUCAGACCUGUCACUUGUGCUACCUGCAGAUUCUGUGUCCAUCCAGCUUGCUAUCACUACUCCCGACUUUCCAGUUACACGACAGGGAGUAGAGAGUCUUUUGCAAAAGUUUGCUGCUCAAGAGCUAAUUGAAGUGAAAGGUUGGGGUCAGGAGGACGAUGAUCGACCUACUGUGGUGACUUUUGCUGACCACUCCAAAUUAUCAGCAAUGAUGGGGGCUGUUACCGAAAGAAAGCCAUCUACAAAUCCACCAGAAACUAAGAAAAGAAAAAUUCAAGAAACAGAGCCUUCAACAUCAUCAUCUGUUUCCUCUACUGCUAGUACAUUAGGGGAAAAAAAAACAUCAGAGCCUCUGAAAAAAGCAAGAAAACAUGCUUCCAACUUGGACCUGGAGAUUGAAAACUUGCUCAGUCAGCAAUCUACAAAGGAAAAGCAAACCAAAAAGGUAAGCCAAGAAAUCUUAGAGCUUCUGAACACCAGCACAGCCAAGGAGCAGUCUAUUGUGGAGAAGUUUCGGUCCAGAGGAAGAGCUCAAGUGCAAGAGUUUUGUGACUAUGGAACCAAAGAGGAAUGUAUGAGGGGGGCAGGAGCUGAUACUCCUUGUCGAAGGCUGCACUUCAGGCGCAUUAUUAACAAGCACACGGAUGAGUCGCUGGGUGACUGCUCUUUCCUUAACACCUGUUUCCACAUGGACACUUGUAAAUAUGUGCACUAUGAGAUUGAUGCCUGGGUUGAGCCAGGUGGAACUACAGGAAGUUUUAACUCCACUCCAAGUCAAGACAUGCCAGUUGUAAAGGGGGUAGGAGAUUCCAGUGUUGGCCGUCUCUUUCCCUCACAGUGGGUUCGCUGUGACAUCCGUUACUUGGAUAUGAGUAUCUUGGGCAAGUUCUCAGUGGUGAUGGCUGACCCCCCAUGGGAUAUCCACAUGGAGUUACCAUAUGGGACCCUGACUGAUGAUGAGAUGAGGAAGCUGCAGAUUCCAGUACUACAGGAUGAUGGGUUCCUUUUUCUCUGGGUCACUGGCAGGGCCAUGGAGUUAGGCCGGGAGUGUUUGAAGCUAUGGGGGUAUGAGAGAGUUGAUGAAAUCAUUUGGGUGAAAACCAACCAAUUACAGCGAAUUAUCCGAACAGGCCGUACAGGUCAUUGGCUUAACCAUGGAAAAGAGCAUUGUCUGGUUGGUGUUAAAGGAAACCCACAAGGAUUCAACAGGGGCUUGGACUGUGAUGUAAUUGUAGCAGAGGUCCGUUCUACAAGUCACAAACCUGAUGAGAUCUAUGGCAUGAUUGAACGCCUUUCUCCUGGAACCCGCAAGAUUGAGUUAUUUGGGCGCCCUCACAAUGUACAGCCAAACUGGAUUACUCUAGGAAAUCAGCUGGAUGGAAUUCACUUGUUGGAUCCAGAUGUGGUGGCUCGAUUCAAGCAGCAAUAUCCGGAUGGAGUAAUUGCAAAACCAAAGAACAUGUGAAAAAUACUGGCCUGGUGUGCUCAAACAAGCUGUAAAACACUGCUGGAUUUAAACGGAGCUUGUAGGAAGGAUACUAACUCCUGCACUGCUUCAAGUUUCUAUGGACUAUUCAGCUGCAGAAACACACCAAUCAGUAAAUUAUAUGAACAAGUGGGAAUAAAAUUAAGAUUUCACAUAGUAGCUGUGACAUC